AUGGGUGACUCCAUUUAUUCUACAUAUCCUCCUAACCUAUCGCCGGUCCAACAAGAAUACCUUGUUACCACAAUCAAAAACUGGGCGAUUCAGAAUGGCCUCGCUGUGCGACCCGCCCCAACCGCACUCCCAGUUGGCGCAGAUGAUAACCGCGUCCUGGCUACAAAUGCUCCGGUGACCCUUUUCCCAAGUCCCUUUCCAGCCGCCUGCUUUGAAGAGGCGACAGCUCUCCAAACAAUCUAUAACCAACUCUAUGCCGCGAUCACUUGCAACGAGGAGUGGCUAGGGAAGAUCAUUGAAGAUCUCGUUGAUGUAGACGAUUUCGUGGCCAAUCUUUGGAAAACACACCUAGAGGUAAAGAAGGAGGGAUAUGUCCAGGAUCUUUCCUUGGGCCUCUUCCGAUCCGACUACAUGGCCCAUGUCACUCCAGAAGGUCCGCCGUCCUUGAAACAGGUCGAGUUUAACACGAUUUCUUCUUCAUUUGGGGGAUUGUCUGCCUUGGUGAGGUCGUUGCAUGCGGAGCUCCUCACUUCCCCGCCGGGUUCUCCGAUAAGUUACCCGCCUCAUCCUCUUUUCGAUUCCAACAUACCACCGGAAAAUACUGCUGUGGAGACCCUCUCAGGCGGACUCGCUGCUGCUCACACAGCUUACGGUCCCUCGAAGUCAACCCCGGCGCUUCCUUUGUGUGUUCUGUUUGUGGUCCAAGAGGGGGAACGAAACAUCUUUGACCAGCUGGCGCUCUCUAAACACCUUACGCAUACCCACAAGAUUCCUGUCUUCCGCCUACCAAGUAAUAGAAUCAUUGAUGACACGCUCAUUCCAAGCUCAAAUCCUUCUCGUCCAUUAAUCUAUCGACCCCCACACUCGCCAGAAACUGCAUUUGAAGUCACGACGGUCUAUCUCCGAGCCUACUACGCACCGGACGAAUACAAGUCCAGCCGUGAUUGGGAAGCGCGCACUCACUUAGAGCGCUCUGCUGCAAUCAAAUGCCCGACGAUUCAGCAAGUUCUUGCUGAGCCUACAGGACCAGACCACCUCACCAGCUUUAUGGGUGGUAUCGACCCUGCUAUAAUUGCGAGGUUGCGUCAAACAUUUGCUCCUCAGUAUGACCUAUCUACUGAUGGCCAGGGGCGCAAGCUCGCCUUCAAUCCCGAGACGGCUAUGAAGCAUGUCCUCAAACCGCAACGGGAGGGUGGUGGAAAUAAUAUCUACAAGGCUGAAAUUCCCAAUUUCUUGCGCUCCAUUCCGGAGAAGGACUGGAAGGGAUGGGUUUUAAUGGAAUUGAUUGAUCCCGCCUCCGACGCCGAAAAUGUCGCCCUGCGGAAUGAUGGAGAAGUUCUCCGUGGCAACGUCAUUUCUGAGCUUGGUGUUUAUGGCACUAUUCUGUGGGAAACAAACGGCAAAGUUCUACACAACGAUCAAGGAGGUUGGUUGUUGAGAACCAAAGGAAAGGAGGUCAAUGAAGGCGGCGUGGCCGCUGGCUUUUCCAGCUUGGAUAGCAUACUACUCUACUAG